CAUCGAUCCGUCAAGUAUUGUUAACGAUGUAUAACCAUUGGAUCAGUAAUCAACGGUUGAUAUGAAAAAUCACACGGAUCAACGCAGUUUUAUAUAUUAAGACAUUAGUUAGCCACUUCAUAUCCGUCAAAUUCAAUUGAUCCUCUCUCCAAAUCAUCUUAAAAGUAUCUUCUUCUUCUCCAUCUGGUUUAUUGUUCGAUCGUCAAUUCAAUUGAUUGAUUUGGAAAUCUAGCGUUUCUGUUCGUUACCAUUCACUGAAUAAUUUUUCUUCUGUUCUUCACAGUCACAGAUCUUUGGGUAUCAAGUAAAACUGUGAAGUGAUGUCGGGAAGAGGAAAGGGAGGAAAAGGAUUGGGAAAGGGAGGAGCGAAGAGGCACAGGAAGGUUCUGAGGGAUAACAUUCAAGGAAUCACCAAGCCUGCCAUUCGUCGUCUUGCUCGUAGAGGUGGUGUCAAGCGUAUCAGUGGUCUCAUCUACGAAGAGACCAGAGGUGUCCUCAAGAUCUUCCUCGAGAAUGUCAUCCGUGACGCCGUUACUUACACUGAGCACGCUAGAAGGAAGACGGUGACCGCCAUGGAUGUUGUCUACGCUUUGAAGAGGCAAGGUCGUACUCUCUACGGUUUCGGAGGUUAAUCCGAUUUGGGGGAUUAGGGUUUAUGCAAGUUUGGGGAUUUCUUCUUGUUUCUGAGAUCUGUGUUAAAUGGUUUGAAUUAGUCUAAAGUAAAUCUAGGAGUGUUAGCUACUGCUUUUGUUUUCUAUUGUGAUGUCGUUGUUAGCCAAUGCGGUGUAGUUGAAAAUCUUUGCAAACUUAAAGCUAAGAAAAUCUAAUGAGGAUGAACAAUUUACUCGAUAUCUUGUCUCCUGGUUUUUUACCAUUUUUAACUGUAAUCCCAAAGCUUCUGGGAAGAUUCAUGUUGAAUCGAGAAACAGAGCUACAUUUCACCCUAUCUUCAUUGGUACUCGUAAGAUCAGGAUUCAA